UUCCAUUGGUGGCGGCACAGGUGACUGGCGGAGACGCGCCGAGCUGUGACAACAACUCGACAGUCCCCCCAAAAAACAUUUCACGCGGCGUGUGGCGACGCGUGGAAGUAUCGAGAAGAAUCAUCUUUUACUAACCGAAAGCUCAGCACUUUGUGUGUAGUUUUUGUGUGCCCGAGGGACGUGUUGGCGCGCUCUUUUCCCCGCUGACUGACUGACUGACUGCCUUCCUUCUGACCUUCACAGCUGCGUCCAGACAUGUAGUCAGCAGCAGAGACACAGCAAAUUCCUCUUGGAAAACUACAUUUUUUCUCUUGAACAAGCUUACACUACCUCUCGGACUGGACUGCGGUGCACUGACUUCGUCUCGCCCUCCCCUGCCCCCUCGCCCCCCAGCAAUGGCCUCACGCAUUGGUCUGCGGAUGCAGCUGAUGCGAGACCAGCUGCAGCAGGAGGAGCAGCGCGAGCGGCAACAGCAGCAACAUGCAGCCUUACAAUACAUGCAGCAUCGCAUGGCUGUACCGGCUGCCCCCAGUGCGGCCAUUAGUACCCCCCAAAACUACCAAAGCAUGCAGGUCCCAGUGGAGGUCCUUAAGGUACAGACCCACCUUGAGAAUCCCACCGACUACCACAUCCGCCAGUCUCGGAGGCAGCAGGUGAAAGAGUACCUCUCUACCACCUUUGCCACCAAACAGAUGGUUCACGCCGUAGCCGGCCCCAUGCCGCCCUCUCCUCCUGCAGCCAUGGGGCCCACUGGGGGCUCUGCUUCCCUGCCCCCUCCCCUACAGUCUCCACACAGGCGACCGGAGCAGCUCAUGAGUGGCAACAGCGCCCCCAACAGCCCCAUGGCCAUGCUCAACAUUGGUUCCGGCCACGAGAAAGAGAUGGAGGAGGUCAUUGAUGACAUCAUCAACAUGCAGUCCAGCUACGAUGAUAUCCAGGCCUACAUAGACCCCAUCCAGAUGCCCAACACACUGCCUCUGUCCAGCAGCCACCUGGAUGUGUACACCGGUCCUGGGAUGAAAGGGCCGGCCAUUGCAAUGACCAGCAACUCCUGUCCGGCCAACUUGACCAUCAAACGGGAGCUUUCAGAAGUGCGUGCCAUGGCCAAGGAGAGACAAAAGAAAGACAACCACAAUCUAAUUGAAAGAAGACGGAGGUUUAACAUCAACGAUCGCAUUAAAGAACUUGGCACAAUGAUUCCCAAAACCAACGACCUAGAUGUGCGCUGGAACAAAGGCACAAUCCUGAGAGCGUCUGUGGAUUACAUCAAACGCAUGCAGAAGGACGCUCAUAGGACCAGAGAGGUGGAAAACAACUUUAAAAGGAUGGAAAUGGCCAACAAGCAGUUGAUGCUUCGCAUUCAGGAGUUGGAGAUGCAAGCUCACAUGCACGGCCUCCCCAGCCCCUCCCCAUCGGGCAUCAACCCAGGUGACAUGAUGGCCUCGUACAUAAAACAGGAGACCAGCCCGGAAGAGAACCUGUCCCACUCCCAGACCCAAGCUCCACACCAGCACCUGUCCCAGAACCAAGGCCCGGCCCACCCCCAGCAGCACCACUUCCUCCCGCAGUCCCACCUCCACCAACAAGCUCCGCCUCCGCCGCCCAGGCAGAUGGGCGUGCUCCCCCAGCACCUCCAGGCCCAGGCCCCCAUCCAGUACCCGGCGGUAGGCAGCUCCCAGCCGUUUGACUUUGCCCAGUCGCUGGACUUGUGCGACGGCAUGCAGGCCUUCACGGACGGCAUGUCGGGGCUGGGCGACCUGGGGGGACUGGACUUGCAGGGCCGCAGGGGAGACAUGGGCUUCCUGAUGAUGGACGAGCCCUUGUCCCCCAUGGGCGUUGACCCUCUGCUCUCCACCAUGUCCCCGGAGGCCUCCGUCGACUCCAGCCGCAGAUCCAGCUUCAGCAUAGAGGAUGGAGACAUACUGUAGAUGCACACACACACACACACACACACACACACACACACACACACACACACACACACACACACACACACACACACACACACACACACACACACACACACACACCCUUAAAGAAUUGCACUUUUUUGGGGGAAUAUUGCCUAUCAUUCACAAUCCUUUAGUAAGACAAGAACACACGUUUUUCUUUUUUUAAAUGCAUUCUAAAUCGUAAAUAAACUCUAGCAAAAGUCAGCAAACAGAGGAGAUAACGGUAGUCGCUCUAAUCUGCCUAUAAAGCCUUUUAAAGACAUCCAAACUUCUCCGUUAAGGUUUUAUUGACAUGGUGUAAUGGUAUACAUGUAAUGUAGUAACAUUCAUGAUAAAAUGUAAUGUUUACGUAUUUUGAUAAUUUUUAAGCGUGCGGCGUAUUAAUAAUGAUGAUUAUUACUCACUGCAGACUUCAUGGGAGCAAAUAAACAUAAAAAAAACCCAUCACUUACUGUACUAUAUCUGCUCUCACUGUUAGGAUGUUCAUUUAUUCCCAUUUAGUUAAAGAAUUAAUCGUAAUUCUCGUGAAAAAAAAGGGGCCAUUCCAAGCCUCUUUUUGCGUCUUUGUCGCCAUUUUCGGGUCUAAAUUCGAUGCCAAAGUGGACCAACUUGUCAGAUUAUAUCCUCAUGCUUCUACUAUACCGGUGAGAGGCAUGAUUUAUGAUCUCGAAAAGGGGUUCUUAAACUUUUUAUUUACUGUUUUUUGUUUUUUUUUUACCUCAGAAAACACCAUCAUGACCAACAUUAAAAUACAGUAUCAUAGUAGGCCUAAGUAGUCAUUAAAAAAAAACUGAGGUUUUAUUUAACAAGUAUAUUUGAUAUUUUUGGCCACUGUAACAUCACACAGAGUUUGAACAGUAACGCUGUGUUUGAAUAUAGGAAAAUUAAACUUGGUUGUUUUAUUCGAGUGAUUCUUGUGGAUAUUCAGACCACAAAUGGAGUAUUGUUGGCGUUUUUUGGAUGUUUUUUUAACGGGUUUUAUAAGUGGAAUAGGGCAAGGGUUCUUAACCUUUUUGACCUCGGGGUCCAACUUUUACACUACACAAGGGCCCGGGGGCAAGUCAAAUAUUAACACUGAAUUAGUCAUCUUACUCUUGAUUUUAAUCGUAUUCAAUAAUAUUUAACCUACUUGCAGUUUACAAUCAGCAUGUGAUUAUUAUUAAUAACAUAAACCUUAGACUUGGGCUAGUUACGAAAAAUAGCACUUGGCAAAUUUAUACCUAAAUAAAUAACUGAUGAAACUUAAUAAAAAAAAUAAUAAUUAAUAUAUUAACUAAAUUUAAGAGCAAAUAAAAAUACAGCUUAACCACUUUAGUCAUAAUUUUAGCGCUUAAGGAAAUUUUCAAUGAACAAAAAAAAUGUCAGAUUUUUUUAUAUGGAUUUUUUAAUUUUCUUUAUUUUUGUAAUUGAUGAACAAUCGUUCCAAAUAAAUAUUGCGAUUAAUUCUGAAAUAUAUAUUUUUUUACAUCCCUAUCAAAUACAGUGCAAAAGAAGGCACUCAUGACAAAACUGAUGAACACACAAUUACAAAGUAUUAAAAAGAAUAAAUUCCAAUUAAAUUAAUAAUAAUAAUAUAUGUUUAACUCAACUGUAAAUGAAAUAUAAGUGCAAUUGACAAUACAAAUUCACCACUUUGGUCAUAAUUUUUGCACUCAAGAAACUUUUCAAUGACAUGAAAACAAUGUAUGGUUUUAUCGAUUUUUGAUUAGUUUUUUAAUCAAUGAAGAAUAUUUUCAUGUGAGAAUCAAGAUUCAUUCUAAAAACAUUUUUUUUCCGCUGACGCCUAUCAAAUACACUGCAAAAGAAAGGACUCAUGAAAUAGAUUCUGAUAAAAUGUAUAAUAAAUCAUAAUAAUAACAAUAUAUACGUUUAACUAAACUGUAAAUCAAAUUUAAGUGCAAAUGAAAAUACAGCUUCACCAUUUUGGUCAUAAUUUCUUGCGCUUAAGGAACUUUUCAAUGACCCCAAAAAAAUGCCUGAUUGUUGUUUUUUUUUAUAUUGUUUUUUUAUUUUUUAAACGACACAGAAUUGUUUCAAAAAAGAAUUGCGAGUAAUUUUAAAAUACAUUUUAUUUUUUACACCCAUACCAAAUUAACUAUACUGUUUAUGACCAGUUUGGUCAUAAUUUUUUCGCCUAAGAAACUUUUCUUUGACAUCAUUUUUUUAUACAUAUAUCUAUCAAUUUUAGAAUUUAUUUUUAAUCGAUUAAUAAUUGGUCCAAAUGAAAUUUGUCAAAAUUAUUAUUUUUUUACUCCCCUAUUAAAUACACUGCAAAAGAACGGACUUGUGAAAAAACUGAUGAACAUACAAUUACGAAGUGCCAAAAUAAAAAAUUCCAAUUGAAUUAAAAAUGUAAAAAAAUAGUUAUAUAUAUGUUUAACCAAAGAGUAAAUCAAACUAAAGUGUUAAAAAAGGUAAUAUAGCUUCACCACUUUGGUCAUAAUUUUUGCGCUUAAACUUUUCAGUGACCCAAAAAAAAAAUGUUUAAUUAAACUGUAAAUAAAAUUGAAGUGCAAAUUAAGAUACAGGUUCACUACUUUGGUCAUAAUUUUUGCGCAUCCGUGGUCCUUGCAGGGUUAAGAAAAUUUUCAAUGACGAAAAAAAGUCAGAUAUUUUUAAUAUCGAUUUUUGAUUAUUUCUUUUUUUAAUCAUUGAAGAAUCGUUCCAAAUAAGAAUUGCGAUUCAUUCAAAAAUUGCUUCUUUUUUUUUACUCCCCCAUCAAGUAUACUACAAAAGAAGGGACUCAUAGAAAAACUGAUUUACACAAAAUGAGGUAGUGCUGAAAUUAGUAAAUUCCAAUUUAAAAAAAAAAAAAAAAUAAAAAAAAAAUAAAUAUAUAUAUAUAUAUAUAUAUAUAUAUAUAUAUAUAUAUAUAUGUAUAUAUAUAUAUAUAUAUAUAUAUAAUAUGUGUUUAACUCAACUGUAAAUAAAAUAUAAGUGCAAAUGAAAAUACAGAUUCACAACUUUGGUCAUAAUUUUUGCACUAAAGAAACUUUUCAAUGACAUGAAAAAAAAAUUUGUUUUUAAAAAUAAUAUAAUUGUGUGUCUAUCUUUUUUUUCAUGAGUCCCUUCUUUUGCAGUGUAUUUGAUUGGGAUGUUAAAAAAAAUCGGUUUUAGAAUUGAUCGCAAUUUUUAUUUGGCACGAUUCUUCAUAGAUUAAAAAAUUGAUAUAAAAAAAAAUCCGACAUUUUUUUGGGUCAUUGAAAAGUUUCUUAAGCGCAAAAAUUAUGACCAAAGUGGUGAUGCUGUAAUUUCAUUUGCACUUAAAUUUAAUUAACAUUUUAGAUAAACAUAUACAUUGUUGUUAUCAUUUAUUUUCAUACAUUUUAUUAGAAUUUAUUUAUUUUAGCACUUUGUCAUCUUUUUUUUCAUGAGUCCCUUCAUUUGCAAAUGUCAAUUUUUUACUGUAUUUUUUUUUAAAUUGAUGAACAAUCGUUUCAAAUAAGAAUAACGAUUAUUUCUAAAAUAAAUAAAAAAUUUACAUCCCUAUCAAAAGGACGGACUUGUGAAAAAACAAGUUAACACAUAAUUGCAAAGAGCUAAAAUGGAUAAAUUCCAAUUAAAUUAAUAAUAAAAAAUAAUAUAUGUGUUUAACUAAACUGUAAAUCAAAUUAACAUGUAAAAGAAAAUACAGCUUCACCACUUUGGUCAUAAUUUUUGCGCUUAAACUUUUUAAUGACCCCCCAAAAAAUGUCAGGAUUUUGUUAUAUCGAUUUUUGAUUUCUUUUUUUUUUUUUUUUAUCGAUUAAGAAUCAUUCCAAAUAAGAAUUGCGCUGAAUUUUUCUAAACUUUUUUUACACUGCAUAAAAAAACUUGUGAAAAUACGAAGUAGUAAAAUCAAUAAAUUUCCAAUAGAUGUAUAAUAAAUAAUGACAAUAAUAAUAAUAUAUGUUUAAUUAAACUGUAAAUAAAAUUGAAAUGCAAAUUAAAAAAACAAUUCACUACUUUGGUCAUAAUUUUUACAGGGUUAAGACAUUUUUCAAUGAUGUAAUUAAAUGUCAGAUAUUUUUAAUGUCGAUUUUUGAUUUUUUUUUUUAAUCAUUGAAGUAUCGUUCCAAAUAAGAAUUGCGAUUCAUUCAAAAAUUUAUUUUUUUACUGAAAAAAAUGAUGAACACACAUUUAGGAAUUGCUGAAAUGAAUAAUUUCCAAUUAGAUUAAUAAUGAUAAUAAUAAUAAUGAUAUAUAAAUAUGUUUAAUUAAACUGUUAAUAAAUUAAAGUGCAAAUAAAAAUACAAAUUCACCACUUUGGUGAACAUUUUUGCGCUGAAGAAACUUUUCCAUGACUUCUUCUGUUUGUUUGAUAUUGUCAUUACUGCCACAAGUGUUGGAAAAGGGUAUUACAACUGCGUAGUACUGCGGCCCACAGCUGAAAAACUGAUAUUUGGUAUUAUAUGGUUAAGAAACACUAGAAUAGAGUCCCUUCCUACACUGUGAGCCACUUUUAUUGACGUUUAUUUACGAGAUAGAAUGCAUUGAAAAAAAUAUAAAUCCUUCUUGUCUCUAAUAAUGAUUGUAAACGAGAGGCAAAAUAAAAAACACACAACUGUGGAAAAGUUCCACGACGACAUGGUCACCUAGAACCCAACGCACUCUGUCGUGUGACACCACGCCAUCCGAGGACUGGACCUUGUCAACCCCGCCAAGGUCGGACGCCCAAAUAAGGAAUCACGAAAGACCCGGAAUCAAACCGACGUCGCUUCGAUCCAGUGUAAAGCCGCCUCCUCCUUUGUGUUUUUGUCAUUGCAGUCCGUAUCCACUGGGGGCGCCGUUCGCCGAGCUUUGAGCAUGCUGUAGGGGGCGUCACCGGAGCUUUUCUAACCCCCCACUCACGCAUGUCGUUUCUGACCGCCUUUUUAAAGCCACGCCCGUCAUACUCAGGUACCGUAACACGAGUCACAAGCAGGGUCGUUUUUGCAUGGGUGCCACUUGAUGGCAACACUUUAUGUACUUUUAAUACUGUGGAGGUGACACACACACACACACACACACACACACACACACACACACACACAGGUGUGCACUUCAUCUCACACACGCCGCACCGUGCUCACUCAGCUCGUUUUCAAAUCACCGUGUUCUUCAGGCGGAGUGACGUCACACGCCCUCCAAAGGGCGUCUCAUCGGCCAACUGCGUCUGGUCGUCAUGGCGACGGAAGGAUAACUGCUCGUUAGCGACAGGGAAACUAAUUGAUUCCUUGUAAGUAGGGUUGGGCAUGACUUCAUCUCCUCGAUUGACCGUGUGAGGAAUUCAUGAUCGAUUAAUCGAUUCAUUUUUAUAUGUGAGUCUUUUUUUUUUUUUUAAAUGUCUGUGAAUGUUCUGCACUCCUUUUUCCAUGCUAGCAUUGAGAUGAAAAGACUGGAUUUUAAGAGGAAAAAAGACAAAACUAACGGAAUUACCGAGUCAUUUGACUUGAUAAGACGUCCUAAAUAAAAUUAGAUCUGUACGUCUAGAAACUAGCAGGACUUUUAAGCUGAAAAUAAGUCUUUUAUUCUGAAAACCAGCAUUACUCAACUUGCAAUUCUCAAAUGAAGCGUCCUCGGAGAUGUUGUGGAAUCUUUUCAUCUACAUUAUUUGAAUAGUUCUUGUAUCAAUUAAAAAAAAAAAAAAGACAAUUAGUCGUUGACUUAAAAAUAAGUAAAACACUUUUAAAAAUAGGGAAACUUUUAGAAAUUACAAUUAAAAAACUAAAUUAACAGCGCCUCUGCUGGUGGAAGGCAAGUGCUGCACUCCAUUUUUCGCCCUUCUAAAGUUAAAGUACCAAUGAUUGUUUCACACACACCAGGUGUGGCGAAAUUAUUCCCUGCAUUUGACCCAUCACCUUUGAUCACCCCCUGGGAAGUGAGGUGAGCAGUGAGCAGCAGCGAUUGCCACGCCCGGGAAUAAUUUUUUGGGUGAUUCAACCCCCAAUUCCAACCCUUGUUGCGGAGUGCCAAGCAGGGAGGUAAUGGCUCCCGUUUUUAUAGUCUUUGGUAUGACUCGGCCGGGGUUUGAACUCGCAACCUAUCGGGCAGACACUCUAACCCUUAGGCCACCGAUUAGGUAGAACAUUGUCACAUAUGAACUUAUUGAUUACCCACACCGGCGGUUCUCACCCUCUUUUUUUUUCCCGCCAACUGGAAAAACACUUGACCCUCCAAGCACCGCCAUCAUGACCACGGGAGCGCAGUAGGCCUAGGUAUUCAUCAAAAACAAGGCGGAGGUUUUUGUUUAACGAAUAUAUUUAAAAAAAAAUUGGGCCACUGCACAGUUUGAACAGUAACACUGUGUAUGAAUGCAGGAAGAUAAAACACUGUACUUUUACUCAGGUGAUUCGUUGGCACGGAUUGAGAAUCACUGAUUUAAAUGACGCCUAUCCCUAAUUAUAAGAUUGUUUCUUGUAAUAUAUUUGAUUUGUGUUUAUUUAAUCUCCCAAAGCACUGGAAACUCUAUUAUUCUCUAGACUAUUGUUAUAAUGUUGUUGUUUUGUGCCAUACAAAGCUGCCUGAAAGUAUUUUCUUUGUAUUUGUUGUUUUACUUUCUUUAUUUCCCCACACCAUGGGCAACAGCAAAGAAACGUCUGUGAAUUUAAGACUCAAUGAGGACAUUUGUGUACAUUUCUAAUGGUUUAUUUUGUUGUUUUUUUCUACACAAUCGGGCUUUUAUUGCAAAUAUUAAGAGAUGAUUGAAGUCAACUUUCUUGUCGUGAAUGUAAAGUUUACCAGAGCAAAGUCAGUUUUGCUGUGCCUUGCCCGCUUCCGAGCCGUGGGAAGGGGCUGACGUAACCCAACCGCCUGCCAACACUCCAAAAAACAGCCUCUACUCCUCCACUAGGGGGCUCUCCUGCACACGGAAAUGUUCUGAUUUUGAUGAAGUUAUAAAAUGUUUCACCGGA